AUGGAAAAGAAGAUGGCCCAGAUGUCAUCCCCGCUUACAGACGGAGGACCCUUGUCUUUCGGCGGCGAUGAUCAGCAGGCCUAUACAGAGUCAAGUAUGGGCGGCAAUACGGUGGUAAUGAAUCACGACUCUGGCAUGCCUCAGCAGGAGUCCGACACUGCGACGAGCAUGCCCGGCAACCUGGCCGACUUGCUUUUCCCAGAACCGCCUGCGCCACCCCCUCCACCAUGCUUCGUCGACGAGCUCAAGACGCUCUCACUUGAAGCCACGGCGGAGCGACACCUCGGCUCGACAUCGGGCAUCUCCUUCGCAAGACUCACACAGGUCGUUCUCCGCCGACUGACACCGGAUAAGGCCGACUUCACCUUCGUUAGCGACCGCGGCACGAACUACGCCGGGGCGCCACUAUUCGACUUCAACUCCCCCUCGGACCUCUUGGACCCCUCCCUGUUUGAGGGCCUGAAUGAGUCUGUCUCCACCCAUCCGCUCCUGUUUGGCGAUGUUGUCGUCGCAGACAUCACGGGGUUGUCCAACGACGUCGGCGUGGCUCUGGAUUUGCCGAGCGAUCAGUCACACAUCGAUCAACUAGUGAACUUCUACUUUGCUCAUUCCCACACACUAUAUCCCAUCUUGCACAGGGGCGAGUUUCUGCAGAGCCUGCAGCGCCUCCGUGAUAACCCGCACGAUGCGGCGGCGUGCUCGCCCUUGACCUUAUUCCGCAUCUGGAUGGUUCUCGCCGUUGGGUCCACAGCGUACUGUUCCGUUUCAUUGUCAGAAGAGUCCGAAUCUAGGGUAUAUUACACCAAGGCACUUCAAUAUUUCGAGCAAGCCAUAGCCUAUGGCGAGAUGGCUGCACUGGAGGCCAUCAUGUUACAGGUUUCGUACUCCUUCUUCAACCAGCUAGGUCCAAAUACCUGGUAUCUUGUCGGCAUGGCGGCUCGGCUCGCUGUAGGCAUGGGGUUGCAUUCGUCCUCAAUCUACGCCGGAAUGCCCGUCGACAUGGAGCAGAGACGCAAGCGCAUCUUCUUCUCCAUCUACAUGAUGGAUCGUGUCGUAUCAAAUGCGCUGGGCCGACCCUUUGCUCUUCACGAUGAUGAUAUCAACAUUACGCCCUUUGUCAGUGUAGACGACGAGAAUAUCACACCCGACGGCAUUCGCCCGCCGAGCUCCCUCGAGCCAUCGCUCAUGGCCAUUCCGCUUCACAUACUCGCCCUCCGCAGGAUCGCCGGCAAAAUCACCCGGCAGGUCUAUUCUAACCGACAGGCCGCGUCCCUGAACACGGAGCAGCGCGAGGCCAUCCUACACUCGCUGCACAAGGAGCUCAUAGACUGGCGGCGCGACAUGCCGUUCCCGCUGCCCGACGUCAAUGACCAGGUGCCGCACCUAUGCACCAGCUGGUUCGACUUCAACUACUACUACCACCUAGCCAUGCUCUACCGUCCCUCACCGCUGCUGCCCACCAUGGACCGCGAGCGCGUUAAGACGCUCGCCGAGGCGGCGUCCAUGUCCAUCCGCCAAGCCUUCAACUUGCACCGCCAACACCGGCUCGCCUACAACUGGCUCAACCUGCUGGCCCUCUUCACCGCAACGUUGUCGCGCAUCUACUCGACUACGGUGCUUCCAGAGAACCUCGUCACCAUCCUCAAGGAGACGAGGGCGAUCGAGGACCUGGACCUCGCCAUUGCCUUAUUUGACACGCUAGGCGUCAAGUUCCCGGCCGCGAACAAGAUUAGAGGCAUGAUUGCUGAGAUUUCUAGACGGUAUAAGGACUUGCGUGAUUCCGGUUGA